GUUACGUCCGGAGGGAGCGCACACUCCGGAGGAUGCGGCGGUGUCUGCUUCUACACAUCGGCCUCGCGGCCGCCUGCACACAGACGGGCCAGUUCGAUGAGGCCGCCUUUAGCGCCUCCCUGUACGGUGCCUCGCUCUGUGGCACUUGCCUCGGGCUCUUUCUGCUCUUCCUGGCGGCGAUGCCGCUCUGCGGGCUGCUGGAAAGCUACGCCAAGGUGAUCUCGUGCCUCACCAUUCUGCUGGGCCUCACCACCCUGGCCGUGCCCUUCCUGGGCUCCCUGAACGCCUGCCUGCCCUUCGCGGAGACCGUGUGCCAGGACCGGUGCAGCGGCUACGAGUGCGACGCCGCGGAGAAGGAGCAGAUCGGGAAGAUCUGCCAAGGCCUUGCCUUCCUGGUGGUCUACAUCGGGGCCUAUGGCUGGGUCUCCUGCCUUCUGGGCCUCGUGGCCUCCGUCAUGGGGUGCUGCGUGUGCUGCCAGUGCUGUCGCCCGAGACAGGACUUGAAGAAGGACAUGACGGACCUCGCGCAGGCGAAAGCGGCGAAGGGCGAGGUCUCGGCGGACAUGAAGAUCACGGUGGUGCCAAACCCGCCCAUGGUCGUGGUGGGCACCCCCAAGCAGAUCCCGGCUCCAAACUGAUGGCGAAGGGCCGGGUGGGAGCUGACUGGUCGAAAGCCCAAGGGCGCCCAGAAUCGCAGGUCAAGGCGUCUUUGGGCGUGUGGCUUUCCCGUGUUUCUUCUUUCCCCAGAGGCUCCAAAUCGAUUGAUUUCGGGCCUUCAAACAGCCUGGUUUUAAGACCAGGUGUCUCAC